GUCGCCGCGCCGAGCCACGAACGGGCUUCACGCUCUGGGAGCGAAGCUGCAGCCGUGCAGGGCCAGAAAGGGGAGGGGGGGGGCGAGAGCUGCAGAAGUGGCGAGCGCUCCCACUUUCGCGGGUGCAAACGCUUCUUCCUGCCACGCGAGGUGCCGGAGGGAGAUUCCAGAGAUUCUCGGGGCAAACGACCUCCUAGGACCUAGGGGAUUCCCCUCCCCCUCCCUCCCCCAGAACUUUAAAGGAAGUGUGCAUUUUAUUAUUAUUAUUAUUAUUUGCGAGUUGCAUGGUUCAGACGAGCGGGGCGUUCGCGUUCACUCUUACGAUUGCUUGCCAAGCGGAGGGCAGAAUUGCCUCUCCCGUGUUUUUUUCUGCCUCUCUUCCCCAUUUAAAAUUGUAAAGAGAUCGCCCUUAGACGUUAGAGAUGGCUUCCAGUCCAAACGAUUCGGAUCCGAACUCCCAGCAAGGGGACGAUGAUCCGAAUCCCCGUAUCAGUCCUCAAGAAGAGCUGGACUUCUCAAUUUUAUUUGAUUAUGACUAUUCGCAGCCAGUAGCAGAAGAACCGACUCCUUCACAUAAAAUCAUCAGCCCACCCACUGGAGUUACUUACCCUCAUGAUGAUGUCUCGGAUUAUGGCCUCAAGCCAUACCCCUUCGCUUUGUCUAGCCUUUCGGCAGAUCACAUGGGCAGAUAUGGACAGCCAGAUAGCAUAGGGUCAAAAUGCUACUUGGACCCUCACAAGGCUGCAGGUCCCCCUACUUUGAGCCCUAGGAUUGAGAUAACACCAUCUUAUGAACUGAUUCACUCAGGGGGGGCCUUCAGCAGCAGAGACACAGAUCUAUUGGUAGAGCAUCAGUCCAGCUCAGCUACCGCUAGCCCAAGGUUUACCCUGCCGGUCCCUGGCUUUGAGAGCUACCGAGAACCGCUGUGCCUGAGCCCGCCUAGCAGUGGCUCUUCUGCAAGCUUCAUUUCAGAGACAAAUUUCUCUCCUUAUACUUCGCCAUGCGUUUCACCAAAUAAUGGCCCUAGUGAUGACCUGUGUCCACAGUUUCAAAACACCCAUGCUCAUUAUUCCCCUAGAACCUCGCCAAUAAUGUCCCCACAAGCAUCUGUCGUGGAGGAUACCUGCUUGGGGCCACGUUCACCAUCACCACGUCCCAACUCAAGGUCGUCAUCGCCAGGGGCCAAACGGAGGUACUCUUGCACUGAGCUCUACGGGAGUCAGCACCCCCACUCUUCUCCACGGCAAUCGAGGACCCCUUCUCCACAGGCCUCUCCCCACGUCUCCCUGAGAGAAGACGGAGCGACAGUCACUUACACCCAGUUGUCCACCUCAUCUAGUCUCAUGGAUGCCAUGAACAAUCUCACCACGGAUCCUUCCUGCGGAGUUCCCACAAAAAUAUGGAGGACCACUCCGGAUCCUUCACCAUUGGUUUCCCACAAAGCCAGUAUGCCAUGCCAUGUGCUUCAGCCCAUCGAAUACAUUGGAUCCUGUGAGCAGGAGAAUCGAAGGAACCCACCGCCAGAUUCAAUCCUCUUAGUGCCGCCAUCUUGGCCAAAGCAGUUGAUGCCUGCGAUACCAAUCUGCAGCAUUCCUGUUCAGUCACUUCCACCUCUUGAGUGGCCUCUUUCCAGCCAUUCAGGCGCCUACGAAUUACAGAUUGAGGUGCAACCCAAACCCCACCAUCGUGCUCAUUACGAGACAGAAGGGAGCCGAGGGGCAGUCAAAGCACAAACAGGGGGACAUCCUGUGAUUCAGCUUCAUGGUUAUGUGGACCACAAGCCCUUGGGCCUUCAGAUCUUCAUUGGAACAGCAGAUGAGAGGAUUCUUAAACCACAUGCUUUUUACCAAGUCCAUCGCAUCACAGGGAAAACAGUCACUACCACCAGCUUUGAGAAAAUCAUUGGCAACACCAAAGUGCUGGAAAUCCCUCUGGAGCCAAAAAACAACAUGAAAGCAACCAUUGACUGCGCAGGAAUUCUCAAGCUGAGGAACGCAGACAUUGAAUUACGGAAAGGAGAAACCGAUAUUGGCCGAAAGAACACGCGUGUGCGAUUGGUGUUCCGUGUGCACAUCCCUGAAUCUAGUGGCCGGAUAGUUUCUUUGCAAGUUGCAUCCAACCCCAUUGAAUGCUCCCAACGGUCAGCUCAUGAACUUCCAAUGGUUGAAAGACAAGAUGUGGACACCUGCCUUGUAUACGGUGGACAGCAAAUGAUUUUAACCGGCCAGAACUUUACAGCAGAAUCCAAAGUCAUCUUUACAGAGAAGACACCAGAUGGUCAAGCAGGUUGGGAGAUGGAAGCCACAGUGGACAAGACAAGAGCCAAUCUGUAAAACAUGCUGUUUGUAGAGAUUCCAGAGUAUCGCAACAAGCACAUUCGUCCCGUUAAGGUGAAUUUCUAUGUUAUCAAUGGGAAACGAAAAAAAAGUCAGCCACAGCAUUUCUACCAUCCAGUGCCUUCCAUAAAAAACAGAGCCAUUGGCUAUGAUCCAAGUUUAAUCUGCAAUACAGUACACAGUGGUCGGAGAACAGUAACCAGCUUAUAUUCGCAUCAUACAAUCCUCGAGUCUCCUUCCUGGCUUGUGGCUACAAUGGCUUCUUGCCAGCAAUUGCAUUCAAACCUCUCUUCUCCCGAAUCUCAGUAUCCUUCCCAAAACCCAGGAGCUAUAAUAUAUCAAAGAAGCAAGAGUCAGCCAAGCCACCUGGGCUACCAGCAGUCCAACCUGAUGGGUGCCCAGGUGCCCAUCCCAGAUGUUCAUAGGUCAGUGCUUGUGCACACAGGAUCCCCGAGCCAAAGUUCAGCAUGCCUCCAUCAUUCCCCAGCCAAUCAGCCAUCUUCUCCAGUGAUCCAUUGCUCUCCCACAGCCAAUCAUCAGAUGAGAUGUGAAAGCCCUCAAGAGUUUCAGCAUAUAAUGUGCAGUGAAAAUUCACAUCCAGUGGAGUUGAGGCCCCAUCAGCCUCAAGUCAACCAAGCACAAAGGUUAAGCCCAAGUUCUUAUCCUACUGUGAUUCAGCAGCAGAGAACGGCCAAAAAUGGACCACCAGUAAAUGAUCAGAAGGAAGUGGUAUCAGCUGGAGUCACUGUAAAACAGGAACAGAAUCUUGACCAAGCUUAUUGGAUGAUGAGCUGAUAGAUACACACCUUAGCUGGAUACAAAACAUUAUAUGAAACAGAAAGGCUGUGCUUUUUUGAUCCAAGCAAACAAAGUCCCAGUUAAUGAAAUUAUCAGGAAAGAGUUUUCUGGACUCCCUGCCAGAAGUCAGACAUAGAAGAUGAGAUUUAUGAGACAACUUUUGCAGAAUCCAUCCGUAUCUGACUUCUAAGAUUCUUCUCUUGUCCUGCCUGCCUUUUGUUUCCUCAACUGACCAUCUCAAGGCACCAGUUCAUCACCAGGAACAAUGCACUGGCAUCCAGCUGACAAUUUUGUGUAAGCCACUCAGCACCUCUCAUUGUAAACAUCAAAGAAAACUCUCUUCCUUUUGUCCAAAGAUCAUGCAAUUCUCAAUGUAACCUUGCAAGUGCCUGAUGUAGAUUACUGAAGUGUCUAAAGAUGCGUACAUGGACUAGAAAUGACAAUUGGAGGGGGAAAGGUCCAGAAAUUUCUAUUGAACUAAAGUAUGGUUGUGUACAUGAAUGCAUGUUAUGAACGCUGGAUGAAUUUUAUAAUUGCCAACUCAACCCCAAAAAAAUGAAGUAGGUUUCACAAUGCAUAGCCAGAAACAAAAUUUAAAACUUGCAAAACUCAAGUAUUGAACCUCCCUCCCUUAAAUGAAAUGGAACAGAUCCACGUAUGCAACAUUAUGUUUAUUCUUUUUUUCAAACAGAAGCAUGACCAUUGCUCUGCACAGAUUCACAGGUGUUUUUUUUUUAAAAAAAUUAAAACCCCAUCAAAGUGCAACAAGGAAGUUGCUGCAAUGGAAAAUGGAUGAAAAUCAUCUGGUGUGGGCACAGCUUCUAGUGAGAAUGUAAAGUAGCUUUUUAGUUGUAGCUUUGUCAUAUUUUUGCUCUAUUUUUAGAUGGACAAAGCCAUAUUUUCAUUGGACUGGAAAGUAUGUAAACUCAAUGCAGUCAACAAUUAAGCAUUUUUUUUAAACCAAACAAUAUCCACAGAAGAGAGCUGAACCUGUAUUUGAAACUCUGAAAUGAAUGUUAAAGCUAAAAUAUUUAACUUUAGCUAGAGUGUACAUUCUGUUCCACACUGUUCUAUGCAGCAUUUCGCUGUACGGUGUACAGAUUUGAAACUGAUUUAUUUUAGGUUCUGUCCCUUCCACACAAAUAACAAAAGUUUUUUUUUAACUUAAAUCAAUCAUCUCAAUUUGAUUUGGAAACUGCUUUUAUGGUUUCACAGUGGAACUUUUGCAGAUCUAGCCAAUUGUUCAACUCAUGGUAAAAAUCACAAGAUGGCAUAUUUAUAUUCAUAGGGAAUGUGAGAUCCUAGUAACUUAAU